CUGUACACAGACAUACAAGCUGUCAAGUUAAUACCUUGUAGCUGUUUCGGGGAAGGUAAAGUGGAGUUUAAUGAUAGCCUUUAAACCCCGCUUAGGAGAUGCAUCCUAGUCUGCGCGUUUGUUUGGGAGGUGCGCGUUAUUGCGACAGAGAACAAAGCGCGAGCGCGCGAGUGUGUGUGUGUGUGUGUGAGAGAGAGAGAGAGAGAGAGAGAGAGAGAGAUCGUAUCUUUUGAAUUGUCAAUUCUCUGCCCUCAUUACCAGACACAGUUCCACAGUGAGGAGGGGCGGGUGUCCACAAAGUGCACGUGUAUAAAGCCCAUGCCCCUGUGUCGCUCUGCACACACGUUUUGUCGGACACUCGGAUGCAUCCUCCUCCCGGACACUGAUCAUCCACUCACACGCCUUGAUUUUUUCCCGCGGCUACUUUGAACACACCGGCGGAUUGAUUUAACUGCGUUCAGGAUAUGACCAUGAGGCCGCUCUGGUUGUCUGCAGUCGUAGCUGUGUAUCUUGCUGUAUGCAUCUCUGACGCCGGAUCUGCUUCCCGGAACUCCAUCAAGAACCUGCAGCCUGGAGCAGCGGGAAGUCCGACCGAGCCGGUGAGCGCGAGCCCGCACGCGCCAAAGACAGAGCCGGGAGCCAAAGAGCGCACAACGCCUCAGAGCUGCGCCGGUGUUUCUCAGUGCGGUGUUGCUGAGUUCUGUUCUCGCGGGAUUUGUCAGCCGUGCCGCAAACGCAAGAAGAGAUGCGCUCGAGACGCCAUGUGCUGCGCGGGAAACCGCUGCAUUAACGGUAAUUGUGAAGCAGGUGAAGUGAACACCACUCAGUCUGUCAGCACUACAGUUAGCACUAAGCAAGCAACCAAAGUUCAUGGCAAUCAUACAAGUGCAUUAGGUGACCAAAACAAGACAGCGGUGCUAGAGCAGGCUAAAAAUGCAACUGUCGUUUCUCCGAGGCCGGCUGAACCACUGAAAGGUGUUGAAGGCCAGACGUGUCUGAGGUCCACAGACUGCUCCAAGGGUCUGUGCUGUGCUCGCCACUUCUGGUCACGGAUCUGUAAGCCAGUGCUGACUGAGGGCCAGGUGUGCACGCGUCACCACCGUAAAGACACUCACAACCUGGAGAUCUUCCAGCGCUGUGACUGCGGACAGGGCUUGAUGUGCCGAGCCCAGAAAGAACUAGUGUCAGAAAACCAGCAACAGAGUAUACUGCAGCAGCAGCAGCAACAACAGCAGCAGCAACAGGAACAGCAACAGCCACGCAAAAACAACAACAAAGCUACCAGAAACCUCCACACAUGCCAGCCACACUAAGC